AUUACUACAGGACCAACGAAACAUCGCGAUAGAAUUUCCCGGUAGUGCUUCACAGUUCAUUGGUGCUACAGCUGUAAUACGCUGAGGUAGCUAAUUAGCAAGCUAGUCUGCUAUAAUUUGUUGUAUGUGAAUGUGUCAGUUUUCGCACAAUAGCAAUCUCGCUUAAUUGACGCCUCAGCGAAUUCACACAACAACGCGUCUACACGAUAUCGUAGCAGGGUAACGCAGAUUUGGAGAGAUGGCGGACACUGAGACCACGAGUCCACCUCCUCAGGCCGGGCCUGGGCCAGGGCCAGUGCAAUUCAUGUUGAGCAACAAAGUGGAAACUGCCAUGUGGCUCUCUCGUCUAUUCACGGUCUACUGCUCUGUGCUGUUCAUUCUUCCCAUCCUGGGUCUUAUUGAGGCUGCAAAUUUCUACCAGCGCGCCCUGCUGGCCAACGCCUUGACCAGCGCCCUGCGGCUGCACCAGAGGCUUCCCCAUUUCCAGCUGAGCCGAGCGUUCCUGGCACAGGCCCUGCAGGAGGACAGCUGCCACUACCUGCUGUACUCGCUCAUCCUGGUCAACUCCUACCCCAUCACCAUGGGUAUUUUUCCUGUGUUUUUGUUCUCCUUGCUUCAUGCCACCACUUACACCAAGAAGGUCCUGGACACAAUUGGUCCCAACAGCUUGGCUUUUGUGAGGAACCUCCUGGACAAGCUCACAGCCAACCAGCAGAACAUCCUGAAGUUCAUUGCAUGCAACGAGAUCUUCCUCAUGCCAGCAACCGUUUUCCUACUCUUCAGUGGCCAAGGAAGCCUGCUGCAGCCAUUCAUUUACUACAGGUUCCUCACGCUGCGCUACUCCUCCCGAAGAAACCCUUACUGCCGCACCCUGUUCACGGAGCUGCGUGUGCUCUUGGAGCACCUCAUCAUGAAGCCUUCCUGUCCCGCCUUCUUCCGGAGGAUGUGCCUCAACAGCAUCGCCUUCGUCAGCCGCCUGGCCCCCACGGGGGUGUAGCUGGGGGGGGCGUGGGGGGGGGGGAGCAGAGCUCCCCCAGAGACCCACCACCAGCGGAAAAGACCGAAAGGAACGCUAUUUUUUUCAAGGUUCACCCCCAAGGAGCCGGGGAACCCCGCAGGCUGCCCACGUGUCUAUAGGCCAGAGCGCGAGGCUCAAAAAAUCACAGUGCACUGAAAAAACCCGGACCAGAUUUUCCCGCCCUUUUUAACGGCUGCCUUGCCACACACAUCCCAUUGCACGUUUUACCGUACGAAGUAACAGUGAGGUUUGAAACCGCCCAAACUUCAAUCAUGGGGUGUUUGGGAUUUCUUUAUUUGCCCCCUCCCAAUUUUUUUUCCCUAGAUUUUUUUUUCUUUCUUUACUUCAAAUUUUACUUUACUUAAAAAUGUGACAUUAAAAUAAAAUCCGACUAAGCUUUAUCAUUGCCACACAUUUUUUUUCUUAAUUGUACUCCACUAGCCAAAAUGCAGAAAAAUCACUGUGUGUAUUGGUGUUUCUGUAUGCAUUCCUACACACAGACACUCAAUGUCGAUGCAGUGAGUACAACUCCAUCACAGUAUGUCUUUUUUUAUAUUCACUUUCCUUUUCUUAUCGAGUGUGUAAAGCAUUGUAUGAGAACCCCAAUUGCCUGUAUCGUACAGUUAUAUAUUUAUACAUGUUAUGCUUUGUCUUAAAUCAGUUCUAAAAGAUUAAAUAUGCAGUAAGUGUGAGUGCUACUCCCUGUUUUAUGUAUGCUGAAUAAAUUGUUUAAAAUAUUUACAUAAAUUUAGGUGAAAGGCAAUAUUUCCAUUAUUUCUGCAAUGUAGUUGGGCAAAAAAUUACCUUAGUGAAUUCCAAAGCUUGAUUGUGUUCUGAUAUAUAAGUAUCUAGAUAUCUGCAAUAUAUAAACUCAUACAGUGCAUUACAAGGGUGGAAAUUAGUAAUUAGGGCAGUAAGUUAUUUCAGGGCAUGUUAGUCUUUGUCAUGCUAUUAGUGUUUUUAAUUAAUUUGUUGACAGCUGUGCUGGUUUAGUGUAGCAACAACUAUGUAAAACUUCUUGAAAUCUAAUCCAGGUAUCUCAUUGAUUGGUACAUAGCAGGGUUCAUCAAAGGUCCAAGAUCAACUAGGGGGACCUUGAACAACAUGAAGGAGAAACAACAGUAAAAGCUGGUAAUAAUGUAAAUAAAAUACUUAAUCGGAAUAAACACAAACCUGUCACAAUAUUUAACUGUUUAACUUUGAUUGCCACAAGUAAGACUAACUGCAACUGUUGGCACUCAGAAUGUGGGGUGGCUGUGCUCUCUCUUUAUGCGUGUGUGCGUGCGUGAAUGCGUGCGUGUGUGUGUAUGUAUGUAUGUGUGUGUGUGUGGGAGGGGGGGUCCAGGUCCGACUCCAGCAAAAGGUUUAAAGUUCCUGCUGUAUGUGUUAUUUUAUUCACAGGCUAAUUAUUUAUUUGCUAUUCUGUUGGACUACCUCUGCAGUUGUUGGCAUGGCUGCAUGAACUAAUGUACGACCCUUUUUUGUUUUGUUUAUUUUUGUCCUCUCUGAGAUCUUCCUUUGUGUUUUUGUUAGUCUAUUAAAACAUUUUCUACAGAAAAUAAAAGGAGCGAAUAAUUGAAAAAAUAAUUUCAUAUUUAUAGUUGAUCAGGUUCUUGGUGUGAAACUGCUUUGAAAUGUUCCUAUGAAUGCAUUGAUCAACAGUCAGCCUAAGAUUCAUUAUUAAAGAAGUGAAGCUUGA